AGUUUUAAUUUAAUGUUUGUACACUUUAGGUACUUCAGCAGAUUGUUCGUCAUGAAGAUUGAAAAGACAAGCCACCAAAAGAAGACUGGGGAUGCCAAAGCCCUGGAGGAUGCUGCUAGGGAUGCCUCUUCAGCGCUACCUGUGGUUCUGUGCCAUCUGAACUCACUGACAGCAGCAGAAGUAAACAAAGAAGUGGAGAACCUGCGGCCUACACUGAAGAUGGACAUCAGGAUCCUGGAAGGCAUUGCCCUGCCAAUGGCCCUGGCAAGGAUGUUCCUGAAUGCUGCUCGUCGGUAUGAUCUGAUGCAGACCGUCAUCAAUUACAUCAAAGUGGUCCUGAUACCAUAUUACCAGGAGAGCCUGAUGCCAGCCUGUGCAGAGGUCACCAGGGCAGGAACCCGGACAUUGGGGGAUUCGGCGUUCUCUGCAAUUUUGGAAGUGUGUAACUCCCAGCAUGAGGAUCAAAUGGCAACGAUCGUGGGUGACCACGUUGCAGUGAGGGCAGACCAGGUGAAGCAGAAACCCGUGAGGGCGGAAGUGGUCAAGCUUGGGGGGAAAACGAACCACAGUGUGAGACUGAAUGGGCGGCCAAAGAAGUGUAUUUACAUUCCCAAGCAGGUCUUGUCAACCAUGCAGUGGAAGACCGUGGCAGCUGCCAUACUAAGCGAAGAUUCAGAAGAUGCAGAAGAGAUGGAUGUGCCCACCCCGAUUGCAGAUGAUGACACAGAAGAAAUGGAAGUGACCACUUCUGCAGCUUCCAAAGAUCCAUCAUCCCCCCAAGCAGAGACCAGAGAUGAACCGUCUGCCAUUGCUCCAACUGGUCUACCAGCUCAUGAGGCAGAGGAAGAAAUGGAACAGGAAUCGGCGACCCCUUCUGCCACUGAAUCCCUUCAGUCCUUGGCCUCUUUACCAGAGUCCCCCACAGUCCUACCAAUUGCACCAGCACCAGCGCACAAAGACGAUGAGAUGGAGGUAUCUUCCCCGAGUGUGCCAGAUACACCUGCAGACCUUCCAGCUGUACAGGCAACAGAGGAACAAGACAUCAGCCCACCAGUUUCAACAACUUGUGAUGCAAUCCCACCCUGCAAGCCAUCCCCUCAGCUACCCUUUCCAGUCCGGAAAUCCCAAUCAGAGGUAUAUCAUACUUAAAAAUUUUAUUCUGUGACUGACUAUCAAAAUGUUCUUAUAAAUCAAAGAAUGUUAUUGGUGUUUUCUACUGACAUACUUAUAUUAUUAUUACUUCCAGACAGAGACGUGCUUCAAAUGCAAGAGAGUGGGCAGCAAGUACUUGCAUUGGAUUGGGUGUGACUCCUGUGGGAAGUGGUUCCAUCGGAAGUGCACCAGCAUGACCAACAAGGAGUAUUUCCAGCUGAAGGACGACUCGGUGUGGCACUGUGGAGCUUGCAAAUGUUAAGGUAAGAAAUUCCUUUUGUAAAUAUGUAAAUAUACUAGUCUAUUUAAUAGAUUCAUUACUAUUUUUGCAUGUAUA